AUGGGCGACGAUUGGAAUAGUGUCGGUAUAAAACGCCGUCGCUUGUUCUCACCUCAUGACGAUCGUCGUCUAGCACGUAUUAUUAGGGAAAAUGUCUUCACGGGAUGGAAGAACGUCGCGAAGCAGAUGCCCGGGUUUACGGCAAAACAGUUAAGAGACCGAUGGAACAACUAUUUGUCUCCGAAAAACUCUCUUCAACCAUGGUCACCGGAAGAAGAUAGGAUUAUAACAGAAAAAGUUAAAGAAUUUGGAACGAAAUGA